CAAAAACCCUUGAAACGUUUAAACCCUUCACCACUGCGCCCUUGUUCCCUUCCCCACUCCCACCGGCCGAACAAAAUUCUCCGAACCGUUCAAACUCCAUGGAAGAAGAACACACGGAGCAAUUCAAGGAUGGUUCCGACCUCUGCCAGCAGCUCAUGGACCGUUACGCCAACUCCGGCGCGCCGCAGCACCGCCACCUCCUCGCCACCGCCGCCGCCCUGCGCUCCAACCUCGCCGCCGAGUCCCUCCCCCUCACGCCGCCCGCGUACUUCGCCGCCUCCAUCUCCGCCCUCGACGACGCCGAGGCGCUGGACCCCGUGGCGCUCUCCGCCCUCGUGUCCUUCAUGGCCAUCGUCCUCCCCCUCGUCCCGCCUGGUGGCAUCGCGGUGCCGAAGUCGCGAAAGGCGGCGGAGAUCCUCGUUGCGGCGUUGGCGAAGGAUGGAGAGGAGUUGGGCGUGGCAAGCGUGAGGGCCAUGGUGAAGUGCUUGGGGCUUUUGAUUGGGUUUUGUGACUUGGAGGAUUGGGAUGGAAUCAAAUUGGGCUUUGAAACUUUGCUCAAGUUCUCCAUUUGCAAGCGCCCAAAGGUACGCAGAUGUGCUCAAGAAUCUGUAGAGAAGGUUUUCAAGUCUCUCAAGUCGUCCAUAGCUUCCAAGGAAGCUAGCAAGUUGGUUUUGUCAGAGCUGAAAAGUUGCUGUGCUUUAGCAAUGAAAUUAAAUUCUUUGAAGACUGAUAAUGAAUGUAAAGAAGUCAAUGUUUUGAAACAUGAAAACCUGGAGGUUCUGCAUGUACUGAAUUUAAUUAAUUUGAUUGCUCCAUAUCUUUCUGCGAAAGUUAUUCCAAAAGUUCUUUCAGAUGUGCAUAAAUUAUUUGGUUGUCAGUUUUUGGAACUUAAAAGGCAUGUUCUUAAAACUAUGGAAGCUAUUUUUGAAGCUUUGAGAAUCCAAAAUAUAGUGCUAGAGACAGAGGACAUUGUAGUUUCUCUUGUGUCAUUUGUAUCUUUGGGAGAUAAGAACCCCUUGGAUACCGUGAUUCUUGCAGCAACAACAUUAAGAGUUGCAAUGGACUCACUUUAUAAUGGACAAUCAAGCUUGUGGAUAAAAAAUCUCUCUCCAGUUUGUAGAUCUGCGAUGGGUCUUCUAACUUUCGAGGGAAACACUGCUGCACAGGCUUGUGGUAUUUUAAGUAAUCUGCUCAAGCAUCAUGUUGGUCCCUUGAGCUUGAAAAUGAGUCAAACAUUUCAUGAUAGUAGUUGGGAAUGUGUGGAAGCUAAUGCAAUAAAAUCAACAUGUGCAGUUUUUGAGAAUGCCCUUUCUGCUACUGAUGGAAUUCCAAACGAGCACAUUUUGUCAGUCAUAUCUGUUUUAUUUCUUGAGCUUGGAGAAUUCUCAUUUGUGUUUAUGAGGAAUAUCGUGCUUAAACUUGCUGACUUGAUGACUCAAAUUUCUGGGGGCAAGGUUUAUAAUGAUCAUCUUCAGAAAUGCAUUGGGUCUGCUGUUUAUGCUAUGGGGAUAGAGAGAUUCCUUACACUUGUACCAAUAUCUCUUAAUGAAAACAGCUUUACUUAUUCAAAUAUUUGGUUAGCAUCUAUCUUAAAGCGCUAUGUUACUGGUGCAUCGCUUGCAUACUACAUGGAGCAUAUCAUGCCUCUUGCCAAGUCUUUUAAGAAGGCUAGUCGAAAAGUCAAAAAGUCAGGGAUUAGUCAGGAUUUGCUGGCUUGCGCUCAUGAACUGUGGGGAUUGCUUCCUAGCUUUUGUCGUCAUGCAACUGAUACUCACCAAAAUUUUACUCGUCUCUCUGAUGUCCUUAUUACUUUUCUUAAAAAGGAUCCUUCCAUGCAUCAGAAUGUUUCCAUAACAUUACAGAUUCUUGUGAAUGAGAACAAAGCUGCACUUAACCCUAAAAAGAGUGUGGAAGAUUGCAAUGCUGAAUAUGAUUUUUUGGCAGAGUUCAGCAUGAAGCCUACUUAUUCAAAGAAAGCUGCUGCCAAAAACAUAAAAGCUCUUGUGUCUUGUUCGAAUCAGAUGCUUUAUGUUUUGUCAGAUUUAUUUAUCAGUGCACCUCCUGAAAAGCGCUCUUUUUUAAAGGAAGCAAUUGGGUGCCUGGCUUCUGUCACUGAUUCUUCUAUAACCAAAGAGGUUUUUGUGUCUUUGCUUAAGAGGUUUCAAGUUGUAGAUUGUGAAGGUGUAGCUGAAAUAUUGACAAGCUCCACUGAAGUGGUAGAUGGUGAUCAAAGUGACUUGAAGGGAUAUUCUCAGAGGUGUCUGAUAUUGGAAAUAGCAUCUUGUCUUGUUCAAGGAGCCAAGGAUAAUCUCAUUGAGAUAAUUUAUAAUUUAACUAUACAUUCAUUUCAGGCAACUAACGAGAGUGUUCAUCACGAAGCAUACAACACUUUGAGCAAAAUUUUGCAGGAGCAACCAUGCUUUUCUUCUGCUCGAUACGUUGAGCUAAUUGAUUUAUUGCAUGGUUUAAAACCUCCAACUGCUAUUGCACCUCUCAGGAGUCGCUAUGCUUGCUUCCACAUGCUGAUGGUACAUGCAGUGAAGGUUAGUUUAGAAGAAGAGGAUAACUCAAAGGCCUUUCUUAUUCUCAAUGAAAUAAUUCUCACAUUAAAAGAUGGAACGGAUGAAGCCAGGAAAGAAGCAUAUGAUUUACUCUUAAAUAUAAGUUCUAGCUUGAGAGACUCAUCUUUGGUUGGUUCUAUUGAACCGUAUCACAAGCUAGUUAGCAUGAUAAUGGGAUAUCUUUGUGGUUCAUCUCCCCAUAUAAAAAGUGGAGCAGUUUCUGCACUGUCUGUAUUUGUAUACAAGGAUACAGAUCUUCUUCUCUCCGUUUCUGAUCUUGUCCCUUCUCUUUUAUCUUUGUUGCAAACCAAAGAUGUGGAAAUCAUAAAAGCUGUCUUGGGCUUUGUUAAAGUGCUGGUAUCUAGCUUACACGCAAGAGAGCUGCAUAAUAUUCUCUCCGAUGUUAUUACUGAAAUCCUCCCCUGGUCAUCUGUUUCGAGACACCAUUUUAGAUCAAAGGUCACAGUUAUAUUUGAAAUAUUAUUACGGAAAUGUGGUUCUGCUGCUGUCAAACUAGUUACCCCAGAGAAAUAUAAGGGUUUUCUCAAGACAGUACUUGAGAAUCGACAUGGCAAGUCAAGUGCAGCAGUCACUAAUGAAACUGAAAAUUUGCCAGAAGAUUCAUCUUCCAAGAGGCCAAAGUGGAGGAAGCCUGAAAGUUCAGAUACCCAAGAGAAAAAAUGGAUUAACAACAAAAAGAGAAAGUGGGACAAGAAAUUUGAGACGGACAUGCCUAGGCAAAGGGAACCACUCAAGUCUACUAGUAAUGAUGGAUUAAGAUUACCCAAGAGAGUUAGGCAUUCUAAUAAUAAAAAUUCAAAUGUAGAAAGUUCAGAAGGAAGUAAGAAAGGCCAAAGAAGUUGGAAUAGAAGUUUCACUGAAGGUGAUGGGAAGAGAAAGGUAAAGCCGACAAGUGCAGAGAAGGAUAAAUCAGCUUCUCGUGUACCUAAACGACCUUCCAAGUCGCACCAGCCAAAAAGGAAAUUCAAAAGAACUUGAUAGAUGGGCUGAAAACUCAAGCUGGUGAAACACUUCUAAGAUGUCAUAUCUCCCUGACCGUGUGUGUAGGUGUUGAUAAUGCCAUUUUAUAUCUGUAACUGCAUAUAUAUGCGUGGAGAUAAGCAAGAUUUUUUAAUUGUCUUUCCUGCUGAGCAACAAUUACGGAGAGGAACGUGGUGCUUUCUUCAGGCUUGAUGCUCAAAUCUAGUGGCUGAGAAAAAGGAAGGGUAGUUCCUACAUGCAUAAUUUGGCAGGAGAAAGUUAAUAUCAUGGUGGGGAAAGCUAUUGUAAUGGAUGGCUGGCCAUGGUUGAUUUUGUAAAUGCCUAUGUUUUGCCAUCUUUUGUGCACGGCAGGAUUUUCCCCUUGCUUCUGAUUCUCAAUAGUCAAUCGAUAUUUGCAUGUCUUAACAAA